CAACCGCAGGGUCGAGCUCUGCUGUAUGUCCUGAUAUUUCCUGAAACUUUCAGUAAACCGCACUUCUUUGCUCAGUGUCGUUGGUUUUCAUUGCGCAUUGGUGUCUCUGGUGUGACUGCCGAUAAAACGAAACUGACGGGUUUCCAUUGAACUUCUUCUUUUUCUCUACGUGUUUGUUUUCGCAAACUGCAAAACCGCUCCGUCAUACUACGACAAGGAGAGUCUCUUAUUUUUUGACAUCUGAAGAAUAGACAGUUUCCUUCCCUCCUUCUGUUACCUGCUGUCCGUCUGCUGGCUGUCAUGAAGGGCUUUCUGCUCUUCCUCCUCCUCAUCCUUCGAACAGGAGUGUGCACUCUGCAAACAAAGAAAGUCAGGAAAGAUGAGGUCGUGGCUCUUAAAUGUGGAGAGAAAGGUAAAGGCAGUGACAAAAUUCUCUGGAAAAAUGAAACCAGCCAGAUGUACCUGCACAACAUGUCCCCGGCUGAGCAGGAGCAGAGGAAUUUGGUGCUCGAUGGGCAUUUUCUUGUAAUACUCUGGGCAUCUGUAAAUCAUCAGGGAAAUUACUCAUGCGGUCUCAGCAACUUCAGCAGCCGUUCCUGGUUCAAACUGACAGUGUUUGAGGGGAACACUGGAGAGCAUCCAAGGACAUGCCACGAAGAAGAACACUGUAAAUUGACUUGUCCUCCCAUGAGUGUCCCUCCUAACAUGUCAAGCACUGACCCUACCUGGGAAAAGCCGGAUGGUAAGCGUGAGCAAUUGCCUGAAAUCCACUUCCAAAGUGUGAAAAUGGAAGAUGGUGGUGUCUACACUUGCUUCAGGUCGUACCCUUAUUAUGGUCAGAUGUAUAAUAGGACCUGCAGAGUGAAGCUUGUUGUUAAACCAAAAGAACAGAAGAAAUAUGCAAAAAUCACUGAGCCAAGGGAAAAGGAGGUGUUUUAUGUAGAUAUAGGUUCACCAAAAGUCAUCCACUGCAAAGCUGCUGUUGAUUUAAAGUUUGAUGAUUUGUUUUGGUUGAGCAAUCAGUCAUUUGUCGAAACGAAUGGCAGCCAUCCAGUUUUCUACAAUACCACAUGGGAAAACGGUGAUAAGAUGACAGCAUCUUUAGUCUUCAAAAGAGUGUCAGAGAAUGACCUGACAAAGACUUACACCUGCAAACUUCAAUCUGCCGGCCAGGAUUCAAGCUCUGUCAACAUCACACUGAGCCUAAAAGCUCGCCCUUCAUACGUUUCCCUGGCUAUAUGUAGUGUUUGCGUCGUGUUAGCGGUGGUUGUAUCAGCUGUGGUCUACGCAAAGUUUAAAGUUGACGUCACGCUUUUCAUGAGAGACACCGUUGGCUGCCACCGCCGUGCGUCAGAUGGAAAGAGCUAUGAUAUAUUUUUGAUGAGUUACAAGAGUGAAACAGAAGUAGGAAUAAACAGCCAUGACAGGAAAAUGCUGGAGAGCGUUCUGGAGGAUAGAUUUGGUUACAGCCUCUGUCUGUUUGAUCGUGACGUCUUACCAGGAGAAAGCAUAGCAGAGGCUGUGUUGGACUGUGUGGAGCGGAGCCGCACUGUGGUUUUGGUUCCCACCUCUCCGGAUCCCAGUCUGGAGUCUGGAUUGCUGAGUGCGCUCCAUGCAGCCUAUGUGGAGCGGCAGACUCGUUUGGUUUUUAUCACCACUGAGAGAACAGGAGCAUUGAGCACAGGCUCAAUACCAGAAGCCUUACAGCUUCUAAGUGAGGCUGGAGACCAUGUCACUUGGAAAGGCAGAGGCUCCGAAAUGCCCUCGUCAGCCUUCUGGAAACACUUGCGUUAUCACCUCCCUGCCCCCCAUCAUCCUCCAAAAUCAAAGAUUUCACUCAAGACAAUCAGUUUAUAGUGAAAUGUUUGACCAAGUUUGAAUCUUUACCAUCAGCGUUGCUGUCAGUUUGUGGGUUUUUGGGUUGCAUUUGCAUUGGCUGCUACAGAAGACAGUUUGGGACUGGAAAGUCAGGGCUACAAUCCCACUGAGGGUCAGGGAGGCCAUGUCUGAGUUACUCAAAACCAUGAAAAACUGUUAGCAGGAACUCAAAGUAUGCCUAUACAAAUCCGACAGUCUUUCUGCCACUCCAAAGAGUAUCAUUUAUUCAUUCUUUCAUUCAUUCAUUCAUUCUUUCGUUCUUUAUUGGCUCUUCACCAUGCCCAUAGUAUGGAGCACAAAAAGCUUACUGGCAGACAGAAAGCCAUAUACGUCACCAAAAAGAACACCAUGAUUAUCCAAUGUGCUAGAACUUCUGCAAUAAAAACUGUAUCUGAGGAGUCGGCAUAUAAUUUUUUCAGAUGAAUCAGAAUCAACACUUUCAAAGCAGGAAUAAAACCCAGAAUAUGAUUUCUGGCUGUAAAAAGCAGGUCAAGAAACUGACCAGUGCAAACUGUGAAUUAAAGCAUUGAUUGUUUCUUUAUUUAAUUUUUCUUACAAAUCUUCAUUUGCUGUGAAAUGUUUCCUGAAUUGUGCAAGUACCUUUGUUUUUGCAAAGUGAAGAAAAGUACUUUAAUUUAUACAUGAAUCGAAUUUAAAAAUGUAAGAUAGCGUCUCACACCAGUAUUCAUAUUGAUGCUACUGACAUUUCCAGAGCUGUUUGUUGAGAGUAAUGUCAUUACAAUGGAGGUGAAACAAUUCACAUUUUUGUUCCUAUUGAUCAUUGUGACUUCUAUUCUUUUUAUUCUUAUUUAAUGUCAUAAUAUUGUUUUUCCUGUUUUCAUUCAUUCAUUCAUUUUCCG